CUGCGCUACACCACGCGCCUAAUGUCGCCACCGCUGCGCUCUAGGUCUAUCCUCACCGCCCACCGCUGCCGUAGCAGCAAGCGCCACCACCUCCGCGUACUAUGUCUGGAUCUCCGAGCCCACCUCCAUCGAGGAGCGCCGCCGCCUCGUGCUCCAACGGCUUCACCUCCGACCCGUCGCCUCCCCCGCCUCGCGGCUGGCCUCUGCCUCCUGCUCCAGCGGCAUUCAGCGCCGCCGGUAUGGGCGAUAUUCGUCGCUCUGGUGGACCGCGCGACGGCAGUGGCGGAGAGCAACUUAACUAGGAAGUACUUCGCCACGGCGGUGAUGGACUUGCAGCAACGGUUCACGUCGGAGUUCGUUGCUGGCAUCUCGCGAGAUGCCCCCGACCCAUCAUCCAUUUCACGCGCCAGCAAGAAAGUAGAUAAGAACACAUUGCAUUUUCAGUUUUUGAUGUCGAACACAAUCGUUCAGCUCUACUUUUCUGUGCAAGUAACCACAAUACUUUAUUACCCAUAUGCAUGAUCUUGGUCGUGUGAAUUUCACAGAGCUUUCAACCAUACAUCUUCUGGUCAUCUGUUCUGCACUUUAAACAGAAGAUGUCCCGUCCUGGAUAACUUUGGGAAGCCAGCCAUCAUAGCCCCAGACAUCAUAAACCCAUGGUGGUUGCUCCUUGAAGAAGCUGUGAAGAGUGCUGGCAACAAGCUUGGCAAGUUAGAGAUAUUCCCAGCCUCUACUGACGCUUGCUACUUCUGGCAGAUUAGAUUACCAGCAUUUGGUUUUUCAUCUAUGGCGAACACCCCGAUACUGCUCCAUGAGACCAUGACCAUAACGUGGUUUGUGUCAUUGGUUUUGGUUUGGCCUUCUGAUGCCAUUAAGGUAUAUCUGUUAGACAACUAUUCCUAGUAGGCUAUCAGCAGAUAUAGAAACUCAUCCCAGGAUAUCAAUCCUGUGGUUCACUGCCCGAUUACCCAGAUCAUGUUUCUAUAAACUGGGUACUCUGUGGCUAUAUAUUGUAACACGUUUGUUCAUCUUAAUCAAGCCGUGUAUUCUCCA